AUGGUCAAAACCGACAUUGAUCAGAAUCCCCUAGAUCCCAAUUACGAAAAGCGCCGCAGCUCUCUGGGAAAUAUGGAGCACCAACAGCAAGACCAAUCCAAUGUCAAAGAUGAAGAUCUCAUGGGAGGCAGAGAAGUUGCACCAUCGUCCCGCGUCAUGUGCUCGGAGCUCGCACACCAACAUGCAGUGGAUAGCCUUAACAAGAAAACAGGGCGCCGGUCCUCACAGGAUGUAGAUCACAAUUCUUUCCUCUCUGAUCUGAGUACCGACCGUGGGCUGCAGGCGCACCCCGAACAAUUGGAAGAGUAG